AUGAAUUCAUAUACAUCUUUUAUAAUACUACUAUUGAACACGUUGUUUUGUGAAUUAACCUUUUCACAAUUAGCGGUAAUUAAUCCUUAUAGUAAUGUUAGUAUGCCAAUAAAAGAACAUAAUGCACUGCUUGUCAGUGAUAGCAUCUACUUUUUUGGUGGAUGCUAUAUUACCUGUGACGAACCUACGAAUCAACUCGUGAAGUUGAACGUGACUUCCUCAUUUUCAACAAAUCAGCCUCUCCCUCUGAUAAAAUUCACUCCAAAUACCCCACCACCGGGGUUUCUUCACGCUGCUGUUCAGCUAUCAUCUGACAAUAAAACUGCCUAUCUCAUUGGAGGGGUGAGAAAGGUAAAAUAUGGCACACCGGCUUAUGGAGAUCUAGCCUAUUCAAUCAAUAUACAUACCCUGGACAAAUGGGAACCAUUAAUUAUAGUCGGUCAAUCGGCUGUGAAAAUAGUUGAUGAAACAAUUUCGGUGAUAGAUCCACAGGGGGAUGUGUAUGUUCAUACUUCUGGCAAUUUUUUUGUAAUUUACAAAAAUUUAACCUUGACCAUGCUCACUCCAAAGCCGGCUUUAAACUUAAAAAUCACAACUUGCCAUCUAUUGAACGAAUUUAACAUAAUUUUUCUUGGUGGAAAUUUGGCACAGUUAGAUGUGUAUGAUACGCAAUCUAACACCUGGAGUAUAACGAAACCAACUGGAGUUGCACCUUCUGAACGACUUGGACACUCCUCGGUAAUCACACAUGACGGUCGGAUAAUUUUGUAUGGGGGGACUACAAAUCUAGAUAAGCUUGCAGUAUUGCAACUGGAUCCACUUCAGUGGAUCAUACCAAAUGUAACAUACCCAUUGGGUACAGGGGCAUCGCAUAGGGACUCCGUUAUGGUGCUAUAUAAAGAUUACGUGAUGAUCACCUUUGGCUGGAUAUACGAUGUUGCGGCAAUAACCUAUUUCCAGAAUAUUUUGUUGCUAGAUAUCCGUAACAAUAGUGAUGGAUGGAAUUAUAAAUGGAUGGAUGCCUUUGUUACCCCAACAACUCCAUUAUACACAGCAACAACAACCGUUACGGCAACCGUAAAGGUUGAUAAG